AUGGACAAUCUACUCUCUCCGUCCUCCUGCUUCCUUCCACCUUCGCCGUCCUCCCAAUACUCCACGGUGGGCACACAGGUGAUCGAGUUUGUGCCCCUGCUUCACGAGCAAUGGCUGUUCGACGACGGCACGAUGUCCCAGAACGAGGACAGGGAGCUGUGGGCGCCUAUGGGGAGCACGCUUCCCCGGAGCCCUGAGCUCUCGGAGCUGCCGUCGGGCGUCCCGGCAACGCCGCUGUCCAAUGGUAAGCGGCGUGGCCGGAAACCCGGGCCCCGCUCCGACUCUCGCCAAACCGUCGGCCACGUGCAGGCUGAGCGCCAGCGCCGCGACAAACUGAACCGUCGAUUUUGCGACCUCCGCGCUGUCGUCCCCAACGUGUCCCGUAUGGACAAGGCAUCACUCCUUGCUGACGCCGCCACCUACAUCGGGGAGCUACGCACCCGCGUAGCGCACUUGGAGGACGAGGCCAACAAGACAUUGGAGAAGGGAGCUGCGGCCGCCGCUUCUCGCGGUGGUCCAGCUUCCAAGUUCCUGCAGGUAGAUGAAACUGUGGACGUGCGGAUGGUGGGACGAGACGGGGCCGCGGUGCGUGUGACCACCACUGCCAACCACGCUCCCGCGCAGCUGAUGGGCGCCCUCCGGUCACUGGAGCUGCAGGUGCAGCAUGCCUGCGUUAGCCACGUGCAGGGCGUGACCCUGCAAGACGUCCUCGUGGACAUGCCAGCCUCGAUGCAGGACGCCGACGACCUCCGCUCGGCGCUGCUCCAGGCGCUGCAGGAGCAGCAGGACAGCGCCUAACCGCUAGCCGGAGCAUUGAUCGGGAUAAUAAAGCAGAUGAAGUGGACGCCUGUAACAUCUUCCCUAAUUUGGUUUCCUGCUGUUA